CAGCGAAGUAUCCAAAGUUUUCUAGAGGAGUUAUUCUUUGAUAUUCAUAAUGUUAGAAUUAAAUAGGGUUUAGAAAUUUAAUAAGUAAAUAUCAGUAGAUAGUUUUUAUUAGUAGAUAAUUGCUAUUCAACAGCAAAUUGAGUAAUUUGCUUGAUCAAACCAGUCAUCAAUUUUGAAGAGAAAAAUGAGAACUGAAACAGAGCGAUUUGACUGCACUUCGAAAACAUUCGAAUUCAAAUUUCCAAUGUUAACAAGACAAGAUGAAUAUGUCCUUCAGAUUCCAGUAGAUAUUCCCUACCAAGGAUCAGCCCUAGAAUUGGCUCAAAGGAUACUCAGCUCUUUUCAACUGCCUGCUUACGUCGAAAAAGAUCUGGAAAAUGCAUUAUCAAAAUUCAUCGAAUGCGAGACAAUCAACUAUUACGACGAUGAAGCAGAGAAAGCGAUUGAGGAGGCAUCGAAACCUUCCUAUGAUAUUGAAGAUGUCAUCAAGGCUUGUGAGAAGUCAUACAAAGAGAACACAGUUGAGUUCGGCGAUAGAUGCGGCACGGAAGACAGAGAGGUAUUCGCCGCUGUCUUUCACAAGCUGGUGCACUCUCCCGCCCUGGAGACCAUUUUGCAAGUGGAGCACGCGCAUGCGCACGACGUGGCCACUGUGACUAACGAGCGUGACGUCAUCGUCGCGGCACUCACUGCGCGCCAGUCGUCGGAGAUGAGUCGUGCCGUGGACGGGCUGUCGCAGUCGUGCACGACCGAGGACGAGAUCAAUCAGCUGGCUCGCGUGCAUCUGGAUCAGCUGAAUCUGGAGCAGGCCAAGUGGGACAGUCAGCUGGCCGGGCUCAAGCAGAGCCAGCGGUCACACUACCGGCAGUGGGUCAUGGAUCGGCAGACAACGGCCACCUCGCCGCUGAGUUCGCCGCUUGGUAGUCUCUCAUCGAAAACGUUUCUGGAUAACAGUGACUCAACCCUGGACACUGCGGGUCCCGCGCUGCAGGAGAGCUUCACCAUCCACCUCGGGUCUCAGAUGAAGCAGAUGCACAACAUACGGGUUCUCUCCACUGAUAUCAUGGAAUUCUGCCGUCUCAAGAGCGGUGAACCCCAACCACAGAGAUUGCAAACUGCUUUGGGUCUGUACUCCAAUGAUCUAUGCGGAAUUGUCCUUCUGACCGAUGUACAUCUCAGUGGAUACACUGGACAAUCAAAAGAAUUUUUGGAGAUCUGCGAGAGUAGUACCGAGUUUCACUUUGCGCCGGUUGAUGAUCAGCUGGAGCAGGUGAAGGCAACAAUCAAAGAUGGCGUCGCCUGGCGUCGCAAGCAUAUGAUGCAAGACUCGCCCCAACAGUUCCUCAAUCUCACCUCCACUGAGCAACAGUCUCGUCGAUCGAGCACUAAAAACCUGCAAACCGGCGAUGUCUAUUUGACACACCACUCGAAUUUGGCCGAAGUUCACGUUGUAUUCCAUAUGGUGGUCGACGAUUCAGUUCGUUCAAAUGAUAUAAACUCAAGGCAUCCAGCUAUACUUGGACUGAGAAAUAUUCUGAAGACAGCUUGCUCCAAUGAUAUAACCACUAUUACUUUACCGCUGCUAUUGAUGCAUGAAAUGACUGAAGAAAUGACAGUAAACUGGUGCACAAAGAGAGCAGAACUGGUGUUCAAAUGUGUGAAAGGAUUCAUGAUAGAAAUGGCGUCCUGGGGGGGCUCUGAUCUCAAAAAUCUUCAAUUUCUAGUACCAAAGGGUAUCUCGGAAGAUGUAUUCGCCAGCCUGGCUACAAUGCUACCAAGUAUCUUCAGAGUAUCCAAUCCCCUAGUUCUGAAGAGUAUGGCUUGAACUCACCUGGUAGGCCACUAUACCAUGCUAAACUAUCGCAAUGUCUGAAAACUAUUCUGGUCUCUUUGAUAUCAUGUACCUUAACCAUCAAACAUUAAACUGUUAUGUACUAUAGUGAGGUCCACGUUAUAAUGGCAGUGUUUGAUUAGCAAUGGUAUUGCUAUCCUUGUCUAUCAUUCAACAAAGCGGAUAGAGCUAUCUCUUUUAAGUCUUUUAACAAUGUAGAUUUAAUCGUUAAUGAACAAAAUAUUUCAUCUUAAUUGUAAAAAUUCAUUAUGAAAUUAUUGAAAAUUAUAAUUUCAUGCUUAAUAAAACAUUUAAACGAGAAUGAACAGUUAAUAUUAC